AUGACCCAGAUAUAUAACGAAUCGUUGUUAAACGAUCUCUCGAAAAGAAAUGAAGAGGGGGCACCAUUGCAGAAGUUAUCUAGCAAUUCUGUACCGAACUACUUGAGAAGGAGAGACAUGAGAACAGACAAUAGAAAGAACGAAAGCAAUAAUGAACAAUACGAACUAAAUCUGGACCUUUUAAAAGAUGUUGAUAAUUUACAGCCUGUCAGUGAUGUAUCUUUCACUUUAUUCCAAACGAAACUUAAGAUAGACGCUCAUAAGAAACAUUUGCACCAUCAGAGCAAUGCUAAUGCGAAUCCAAAGGCUUCCGAGCCUAUUUACUAUAACCCACCAUCAUCGAUACAGUCUGGCAUUCAGUCCUUUCUCCCUCCAAACUACCAUGGCUCUACAUAUAAUAAAUUCAGACCUUUUGGGUUCGGUGAGCAGGUGAUACAGGAUCAAGCACAAGAUAUCAGACUCGAUGCCGAUAGUCGGAAAACGGAAAAGGCAAGCAACCCGAGAUUGAACACUUAUGCCUUUGUAGAUAAGUUAGAUGAGCAGCAGUUGAACUUACUGAAGCUUGACGAGGAGCUUAAUGAUGACGAUGAUGGUGCCAAUACUGGGCCAUCUGGAGAAUGGUUCAAUCCAGUGGUGAAAGAGGCUCUUGCAAGGCAAGUGAAUAAAGAAAAUGAGUUCAGGAAAUGUUUCUUAAACGUUGCACUUGUCAUAGUAUUCAGACUUUUCAUGUCAUUUCUUGUAUUUUUGAAAUCUGUGUAUGAAGAAUCAAGAGUUCAGGCCCAGAAAUAUCAAUACACUCCAUCAUAUGUGCUGAAAUCGAGCCCUAAUAUACCUACUAGUUCUUCGAAGAUCAUUCCUUCUUCUUCAUUCUGGCUCUACGGAUAUCUCGUCAAAAAUGGGAUCUAUGCAUUUUUCAUAUUCAAUAUUUUGUUAACUUUUUAUCGCUUGCUCAAAACCCAAGAUCAGUGUCUUGAUUUGCAGCUUAGCAAUAAGCAACGGGAAAUGUUAGGACUUGAAGCUGUACACUACCAAGACGACUCUGAAGUUGCAGUUGACAAAAGGAGACAAAAGCAGUUUGAAACAUCGAAAUACUCAAAGACAAGGCCAGUUCCAUAUGAAUCCAAACUAUCUGGUUCAAUUGCCAAAUCGUCAUUGCUAAAUCAGAAACCAAUUGAUAUCCCAUUGGCUCAAGACAGCUCAACUCUGGAACUAACUUAUUCCAAACCUGCACACCUUCAAUUAAGUAAGAAGAAGGCCUAUGACGCUAAUGAGAUUGAUGAGAUUAGUAAAAAGUUCAGAAGUAGGUAUAACAUUGACUUCCAUUACAGCGAUGAGGAAUAG